AUGGCAGAUAGAGAAAACCAAUCAUCAGCCGCUUCAGCUACGUCGGCAUCUGGAACGCCACAAACAUCUUCGCCAUCCAAAAAGGAAAAGAAGGCAAAAAGUCCACGGGCAAAACCUUCUCAUUCUCCAACGUCGGAAAUGGUUCGUCGGAAAGGGCUCAAGGAAAGAGGUGAUUCUUCUCUUCAAGCUAUCAAGAAGUUGCAAAUUACAAAGUAG